AUGCUACCCGAUCCCACCUGGGGGACGUCACCAUACGACGUAAACUUCGCUUUUCCAGUGCUGCCGGACAUAAUGGAAAAUGAGAAGAUCAGAUUAACCCCCUUCAUUCCGAGACUACAUGCCGAAAUGUAUUGGAAGGAAGCUGAUCCCUCGAUACACCCGCAGCUCUACGACCAUCUCCCCUGGAAUUGGCAGAAAAUCGAUGACUUCCUCUCCCUAGUAGAACGCAUCCGACUCGACCCCAUGUGGAUCCUGUUCGCCAUCAUCGACAAAACGGGGCCCGGUGAUCUGCAGGGCGGCAGCUUAGCGGGCAUUAUAGGCGUGAUACGGGCAGAGCCCCACAACCUCGUGGCCGAAAUCGGCGCCAUACUCGUUUUCCCGGCCUUCCAGCGCUCGCACGUUGCGAAGAAUGCUAUCGGCCUCUGCAUGAUGUAUUGUCUCGAGUUGCCCACGGCGUCGCCUGCAGGCCUUGGUCUGAGGCGGGUGAAAUGGACCACAUCGCCGGCUAAUUUAGCAUCAGCCAAGGCAGCCGAGGGGAUGGGUAUGAAGUUGGAGGGAAGGAAUAGGUGGGCGAGGAUAUACCCGGCAGGUACAGCAGGCACGCAGCUGCGCCCAGGAGAUCCUCGACCGGGCAUUGAGAUGUUAAGCUACGCGAUAUGUUGGGAUGACUGGGAGGAAGGUGGGAGGGAUAGAGUGAAGGAAAAAAUGGACAGGAUAUGA